AUGGCUGGCCGGCCGUACAGCAUUGUGUUUGAUGGGUGGUCCAACGACUCUACGCAUUUCCUCGGAAUGUUUGUCUCGCUCCCGAAUGUGUGUAAAGGUGGUGGUGAACCGGUUAUGUGGCUCCUUGCAUUCGCUCCUAUGCUGGACGAGACGAGUUUUGACGCCGCUACUCACUACGAGUUCAUCCUGGAAACGUUAAAGUGGUAUGGCCAAUCAGACGCGAGCAUCGAAAAGUGGUUCGUUUGUCUGAUUGGCGACAAUUGUUCGACCAAUAAGGCCACGGCGAAUCUCUUUUCGCGACCGUUGAUUGGCUGUCACAGCCAUCGCUUGAAUUUGGCGGUGGAUCAGUUUCUCAAAGCUAAGGUCAGUGAUGUGCUCUCUAAGGUGGCUGCAGUCAUGGUUAAGCUUCGAUCGUUGAAAGCGGGGGGCCGACUACGAUUAACCACCAUGUUGAAGCCCAAGCUACGCAAUACCACCAGAUGGACUGGCGCUGUGUCCAUCUUUCAACGCUACAUCUACUAUCGUGAUGGCAACCACAUCGAUACCUCCGAUCCCGAGAUGUCCGAAUUGUUACCGACCCCACAAGAUGACAACCUUAUCCGGCGCCACCUACUGGGACUGACUAAGUUCAAGUCGAUAACGCUCGCCCUGCAACAGCGCGAUGUGACUUUAUCCGAAGCGCGUCUUGUUUUUGAUCGCAUACACCAGAAACGAGAACGCGCUUUGACUCUUCGUCGCCGACUCGUCUGGCCCUGCGAGCUUCCGUUUUCGUUCACGAAACUACCGUCUAAAAUCCUGCCAUACCAUUUGGAUUGUCACCUGUCGCUCACGUGGAUCCGAGAUCUCGAACACCCCCCCCCCAACUGA